UUUUUCUAAACAGAAUACACAUAGAUUACCAAAUCAUUGCCUAAUCACUGAGAAUGAGGCGGGCGUAAGCUUUAUAAAUAAAGCUGAGGGGAUUCGUUAAUGGUUUUGUUCUGUAUGUUGAUUAGUGGUAGACUGUGACUUUAGAGGGCUCAGGAAGGACACGGUUAUCGUGGGAAAUUAGACGCCGGAGGGUCCUGUUGGUUGUAGCUUUCUCGACUAGUUCUUUUUAGCUAUAUUUUCAAAAUGGCAUUGGUGGCAAUGAGAACAUCUUAUCAUCGAUUUCUUAAUAAAAUUGAAGCAAUACUCCCUGCAAAGCUGAGACCCUUUUACAACCAUCCGGCAGGUCCCAAGACUGUGUUUUUCUGGGCCCCAACAAUGAAAUGGGGUUUGGUAAUAGCAGGUUUAGCUGAUAUGACUAGACCAGCAGAAAAGCUCAGUACAGCCCAGUCUGCAGUGCUAACUGCUACAGGAGUUGUUUGGUCAAGGUAUUCUUUGGUAAUCAUUCCCAAGAACUGGAAUCUCUUUGCUGUAAACUUUUUUCUUGGAUGUGCAGGAGGCUCCCAGCUAUACAGAAUAUGGAGGUACAAUCAGAGUCUAUCUGAGCAGCAGACUAAACCAGUUGAAGAGCAGAAAGAGCAAUCCUGAAAUCCAUUUUAAUUGUGCAUUGACCUAGUGUUCUGAUAUUGCAAUGUCCCUUUUUUAAGGUGGAAUAUGUUUUCCAUGUUUCUAUUUAUAUGCAAACAUGAUUACUGAAAUAAAUUUGCUGUAAGAUG